GAUGCCCAUUUAGUCUCUCACUGUCCGCGGCUUUAGGCGGCGCUGGAGCCCGCCCACCUGAGAAGGUAGCUGCUGGCGUUCGUCACGCAGAGUUCUGCGCUUGACCGGAGGGCCUGCCUGGGGCUGGCUGCCCUCAGGAGCGCGUUCGGAGACUGGAAGUGAAGUCAGAUGGGUGUCAGUGAUUACCCCAUGGCAGUGUCAUUUCAUUGGCUCAGCAGUAACUGUAACUUGGAAGCCACCUUCAGCGAUUUUAUAGGUCAGUCCUGCUUCUGGGACCCAACUUUAUGUUGUGGUUAAGAAAUGUUUCACAUCACUCAGACUGAACCACAAGACAGACGUACUUAUGUUGUAGAUAAAUAUUUCAGUAGCUUUGAAGAAUGAAGAGGAAUAAUUUCUCUGCCGUGAAUAAGGUUGUCCAGUCGUCACCAGUAGUGAAACAGCCCAAACGUGGGCUCUGCUCUUCCCUCCGCCAGACCCAUGCGCUCUCUGUCCUUCUGGACUGGGGGACUUUACCUCACCAUGUCCUAUUACAGGUCUUUCAGUACCUUCCUUUGAUAGAUCGAGCCCGAGCAUCGUCCGUGUGCAGGAGAUGGAAUGAAGUAUUCCACAUCCCCGAUCUUUGGAGGAAGUUUGAGUUUGAGCUGAACCAAUCAGCAACUUCUUAUUUCAAGUCCACUCAUCCCGACCUCAUUCAACAGAUCAUCAAAAAGCACGCUGCUCAUCUUCAGUAUGUCAGCUUUAAGGUUGAUAGCAGUACUGAGUCGGCGGAAGCCGCCUGUGAUAUCCUUUCUCAGCUGGUAAACUGUUCUAUCCAGACCUUGGGAUUGAUUUCAACAGCCAAACCAAGUUUCAUGAAUGUGCCCAAGUCUCACUUUGUGUCGGCGCUUACGGUCGUGUUUGUCAACUCAAAGUCGUUAUCGUCGAUUAAAAUUGAGGACACGCCAGUGGACGACCCUUCCCUGAAGAUUCUUGUGGCCAACAACAGUGACACCUUGCGACUCCUCAAAAUGAGUAGCUGUCCUCACGUGUCAUCUGAUGGGAUCCUCUGUGUGGCGGACCACUGUCAGGGCCUCCGAGAGCUGGCCCUGAAUUACUACAUUCUGAGCGACGAACUUCUCCUUGCGCUCUCCAGCGAGACUCACGUGAACCUCGAACAUCUCCGGAUAGAUGUUGUGAGUGAAAACCCGGGGCAGAUCAAGUUCCACUCUAUUAAGAAACGCAGCUGGGACGCACUGAUCAAACACUCCCCGGGAGUGAACGUCGUCAUGUACUUCUUCUUGUACGAAGAAGAGUUUGAGGCAUUCUUCAAAGAGGAAACCCCUGUCACUCACCUUUAUUUCGGACGUUCAGUAAGCAGAGCCAUCCUGGGCCGGAUCGGUCUUAACUGCCCGAGGCUGAUCGAGUUAGUGGUGUGUGCCAAUGGCCUUCAGCCCCUGGACAGUGAACUCAUCCGUAUUGCCAAGCAUUGUAAAAAUCUAACCUCCUUGGGCCUCAGUGAGUGUGAAGUCAGCUGCAGUGCGUUCGUAGAGUUUGUGAGACUCUGUGGCAGAAGGCUCACCCAGCUUUCUAUCAUGGAGGAAGUUCUGGUCCCUGAUGACAGGUACACCCCAGAUGAAGUCCACACUGAAGUCUCUAAGCACCUGGGAAGAGUGUGGUUCCCGGAUGUGAUGCCUAUCUGGUAACCAGCUACCAAAGAUGAUGAAUUUUCUGUUAGUAGGGUUAGCUGUCGUCCGUGUACACAAAUGUAAAUUUUGAGAGGAGCUACUCAAGUAAUUUAGGUUAAAUAUUUGCUGUUUGCAAGUUAUCUUAAUUGGUUGCUGCAGAAUCAUUUGAAAACAAUAUAACAAAUUUGAACAGAGAUCUUUGUCAGUAGGACACAGAUACUGUGUGUAUUAGAUGUUUAAUAGGGUAGACUUCAGAUGUCUAAGAUGUGCAUAGACUUCUCAACCUUUGCAAGCCUAUUUUAGCUUACUAAGUAAAUUUACAUUAAACUUAUAGCUAAUAUAUAAUUAUUAUGUACAGUAUUAGAUCCCUUUAAAUGACAUAUUUUUAUGUUAUAGCCUUAUUAUUUUAAUUUUAUCUGGUUCAUUUGGGUACCGAUACAUGUUUUACAAAAUACUUUUGAAAAUCAAGGUACCAUUAUAGAGGAAUACUUACAAAAUAUUUAGCAUCUUGUGAUUCGUUGGUAAGCAUCUUUGAAUUCUAAAGUACUUAAAUUUCAUUUUUAUAUUAACUUGGAGGGCAGUUGACAUUAUGUUAAAAUUCAGUAAUAUUCAUUUCAUGAAGAUACAGCAAGAUACUGGUUCUUACUGAAGUACACAGUAUGGAUAAAGAGGUAAGUUUUGUGGGGUGUGUUUGGGAAUCAGUGAUUACUGGCCUGCUGCUGUUGAUCUGGGGCUACACCUUGUCCCUCGCACAGGUGGCCUGUCAUUUAAUUAGUAACACUGGUAGCAUCCGUCACCAGCUUGUCUUCAGAAUGAAGAUUAGUCUUAACAGUUGCCUAGGCACUUGGCUUCGUUGCCAGCCACUGUGCCUACCCUUUGCCCACCUCCCACCUUCUCUGUUCCUCAACUGCCCUCUCUCUGAGCUUCCUCAGAUCUUUCCCCUGAGACACUUGCUACUGGAUGUCAUCCUUGAGGUCUUCCCAGCUCCCGGGUCAGACCCUUCGUUCACAUCCCAAGUUAUUUGUUCUCCUUUGUAGCACGCACUGCUGUGCUGUGUCUGAUCUGUUUGUCUCAUUAGGGCCUAUUUAUUUCAUUGUACUGUAAACUCUGCUGGUCCAAGAUCACUGUUAUUUUUUUGUGUGUACAGUUACUAUUAGAAGUCAGCUUUCACCGAAAAGAAAUGUUCAUUAUUUUCCAGUUUUGAGUAUUUUUCAUCAUAAAAAUGUGAGUAUCCUCACCUACUAAGCACUCGGGAUUUAUUGUAGUUUGUAAAUAGUUUGGAAAGCGGUUUGUCCUCACUCAUACUCACUCGUGUGAGCUCUGUGAGCAGGCAUCUCCCGUGCAUGUGAGUGUUCCUCAUUCUUAGAACUGUGUGUAGCAAUAGUGAAGUACUGGGUAAGAAUAACAAUCAAACCUUUCUCAAAGACAGAGUUCCCACCACUGCACAUCAGAGUUCUCACAUAUACCGUAAGAUCCCAGAAAGACAUGCCAUAGUUUAAAGCUUGAAACAGCACCACAGGCUUAAGAGAGAUGGCUUAACUGCAAGGGAGCUGUGGUCAGGGCAAAGUGAAUACUGAAUGGAUAGGCCUGUGGCCUCACUGGACAAUGCUGUGCACACCUGCACAGAAAGGUGACCCAGUGCCAUUGGUGCUUGCCCUAGAGGCUGAGGCAGCAGAGCAGGGGUUAGAGAAGAGCCACCAAGAAGUGGUUCUCCCUACAGCCUGGUAGCACCAGAAAAGGCCUCUCCGAGAAGGUGAGCUGUUCUGCUCUAAGUAAUUUUCAGUGGCCUCCCAUGGGAACCUCAUGAUGAAUCACGGAGAAGAACACAGAGCGAUCUGAGUUUUGUAAUUCAUGUCCAUUCCCACAGUUGGUUACCUCCUGGGUUUGUGGAAGGAAGGACAGAGCAUUUUAAAGACAGCUGAGAAGAACACUGGAAAACACAGUGUUAACUGCCUGUCUCGGGGAAGCACAGCCUUGUUCUUUGGAAGCCUGGGUACUGCUGUACCUGGGAGCGGAGCGGAGGCUCUCACCAGAUGAGCAACCAUAAGCUUUAGUCUUAGAGGGCACAGUAGGCCUAUUUACAUGCCUGCUUGUGUUAAAGAUAUUUGUGUUUGUUGAGAAAUUCUGGGAACUUCCCGGUAGUUUUGUGGGCAAAUGCAAGUGGAGAGUCUGUACAUCAGACUGAAGAAAACAAACGCAGGAUCCUCCCCCCCUUUUCUUCCUGUGGCCCUUGCAUGAUACGGGGAGAUGAGUCAGGAGGGUGAGGGCAUCUGCAUUGCUGUUGUGCCCCUGCGUGUGAUAAACUUCCUCCUGACAGAAGUCAUCCUGUGGACCUAACCUCUUGAAUUAGCGACUCACCUUGCUGUUCCAUUAAAUUCAUUUUCUACAACUAACUAAAAGCAUUUUCAAAAUAAAAUCUUUUUACUCAUAUUAACUUACAGCUAUCAAACCCAGAUGGCACCACAUGUGUGUUAUAGUAACUUUUAUAAAGAAAAGCAAGUUACAUUGUACUUUCUCUUUUGAACUUGGUAUCUGA